UCCUAUAUUUACAUAAAGAUUUUGCAAAAAUGGAAAACAAUGUUCUUCGGGUGUAUUUGUUAUGCGUUUUACUUUCGAUUGUUGGUUCCAAUUGCGUAUUUACACCUAUAACUGGAGGAAGUCCAUGCAUCAGGGAGAUAAAGGAGUGUAACAGACCAUAUGAAGAAUGUCAAUGCGGGAGUGCAUGCCAAGUUAAAUGUUCAAAUCUUGGAAAACCGUGUGACAUCAUAAAUAUUGCUUGCAACAAUAUGUGUUACUGCAUCGCUGGCUUUGCUAGAAACGAACGAGGGGCUUGCAUUCCUCAGAGUUUAUGUUCUAAUUGCUAUUUCCGUUACUUUUUCCGGUAUCAUUCUCAUGUCUGGCAAAAGGUGUAUAAAAAGAAAAUUUUGUCUUGUAUAAGUCAGUUGUUGUACAAGCUGCAAAAAGGUAAAGUCGUAAACAUGGUUCGAGUUUCCACAAUUCUUUUCAUUGUCAUCUUUGCUCUUGUGCAUUAUGGUUCAGCCACGAAGAAAACACCACUUGUUUGCGAUAAACCCUUUGAAGAAUACAAAUGUGGAAGUGCUUGUCAGACAACAUGUGCAAACCUUGGUAAACCUUGUCCCAUCGUAAACGUUAAGUGCACUGAUGCUUGCUACUGUGUCAAUGGUUAUGCAAGAAAUACUAAAGGGGUUUGCAUUCCCCAAUCGCAAUGUAAAAAAGAAAACGUGAAAAUAUAAGAUACAACCACUCAACCUCU